AUGCCGCAAGUAGCGCUGAGUCCGGAGAUUGCCCGGAUGCUGGAGCAAGCUCCCGGGCUGACAUCUAGAAAUGCCACAGCCAACGAAGCCGAGAAGUCUGCAAAGCCAGAUGCCGACGCGGCCUCGCCGCAUGAAGUCAUGGAGUCCUCACCGCGGCCGAAGUCUGAGGCUAAGCCAAAUCGAAAUCGACAGGUGUCCAACACGGAUGAAGACCUGGAUGUGUGGAUUCACAGCCAGUAUUACGCAAGGGGAGGUCAGAAAAAGAAAGCUUUGCAAGCUUUGUCGAGACAUCAGACCGGGACCAGCGUUCAUCAAGUGCCAGAGGUUCGCAAGAUCAACGCUUGCACCAGCCGUUUGGGUGUGAAGCUGGAAUAUUUCCGAGAUCACACCGACGAGGUGGAGUCGUUGAUGAGAGUUGUAGAGGAGGGCUUCAUGUAUCAAGAGACCUCGUGCGGCGAGCCUCUGGUAAAUGUCGCGAAGCUCCGAUCUCGUGGGCUGAAAGUGAAGGAGACCGAUCUGGAGAGAGGAGGUCGUCCCCGGAGCCAAGCUUCUGGAAGGACCUCCCCGACUCGAGCCUGCACUCCCAGAGUGAGAACUCCGCCAUGCGUCCGGCUCCGUGAAGUGGUCCUGCGAGCCCGGGACGCAGAGCUCGAGAGACGAGUCGACCAGGCCCUCCGCAUACGCUCGCGGCAGACCCGGCACCUGAGGGCCCAGAGAGAGCGGCCCUGGCUCACUUUUCUCCUCCUCGCUUUGACUUCAAAGGUUCUGCAGAAGCUGGUGACAGUCCAUCGUCAGAUUAGGCACGCAGUCUGCGGUGACAGCACCCAAGCGAUCAGGAUGUACCGGGACGACUUCAGGCAAAUCUGUUUGGAGCGGGGGGAGGACCUGAGCCUGUUCACGAACCGGCAUUUUGAAGCUGUGCAGACUCAUGCAACCCACCUCUGUGACCUUGAGUUGCAGCGACGACGGAGUCUGUCGAUCUGGACAGCCUGGAAAAAAAUGCUGCGACUUCUAGUUGUGUACAUACGACUCCGACGACCACUGCGGAAAGCAGCUGCUGCAGAGGCACUGAAGAGCUUCAUUGGCGCAUCCGCUCGGGCGUACUUGCUACGGCGUGCUGUGAAGCACUUUGUGCGAUCGGUUCUGCUUGUGCAGAAGGCCAUGCGACAUCAAGCUCGCAUCUUUAGGACGAUACAGAACUACAUCUUGAAGCCGUACUUGUGGUGUGCAGAGACUCUAGCACUUUGCGACACCUGCCGGGUACGCAAAGCUGAGGCAAGCGCACGAAUCGAGGCCUUUUUAGAAGAGGCGGAUGUUGAACGCUGGAAGGACGAAGUAAAGCAGAUGAUGCUGCAGAGAGCUCGCGCAUGGCGUGAGGACUAUGCCAAUGCACCCCCACCUGGGCGACGGAAUCCAGAAGACGAUUCCCUAAACAUUCUACCUUCUCAAUCAGAAGUUCGACAACAGAUGACACUCGCAGCAGCGACGCUUGUCGAUUCCAGAGCCUCGAAACGUUUCAGAAACUCUGACCGUGACCGCGCAGCUCAGAGUGAUGCCAUGAGUCGGACAUCGAGGAAGACGCUGGUAUUCAGCAAACAUUUUGAUGCCAUGGAUCGCUUGCGACUGGACUCCAGGGAACGAGAUGAGAUUGCGCGAAAAGUGCUUCUACGGAUCAUCGACGCCUGGUGGAACUCUAUGUGCUUCUAUGGGGUGCAGGCAGAGAGAUCGAAGAACGACUGGAUCAGUUGGCGUCAAGAGGUACUGCGACAUGGCUCACUGGACUCGCGGGCACCCGACCCACCUGACGUAUUGGUCUGUCCUGAAAUUUCCUUCUCGCAAGCUUACACCUGGCUGCAGAAAGAGGUGGACCACCGAUAUCGAGACAGACUGGAGCAAGUUGAAGCAAGUGCCAUGAAGUUUCACCGAACAGCGAAGAUGCACGUGGCCGACUUUCGCUGCAAAGCAGCCGUUGUGCUGCAGAUGCCAAAUAGUGGCAUGGCAGUGACUGAUGGCAAACCCACCGGAACAUUCAGCGCCUCUGCAGCGAAUGCCAAAGGCGAUCACACUGGAUCAAGUAUGUUUGGCAGCUGGCUACGUGACAACUGCAUCAUUGCUUGGGGCUUGUUUUAUACUGACCCAGAGGGGCCAGGCUCCGAUGACGCGGUCGCCUGCCUCACCUGCAUCGCGCGGUUCCUGUUGAAAUACCAAAGCCACAAAAUGGAGAUGGUUAUCAACGGUUUGAAGGAUGUCAAGGGGGGCGAGAAGACCUGGAUGGACCGACCUCACAUCCGUUUCAUUGGCGAGACAGGCCUGGAAGAUCCCAAGUGGUACAACCACAAGCAGAACGAUGCUUUGGGCUACUUCAUGUGGGCUCGAACCCAGCUGGCCUGGCACAAGAAAUUGCCUUUCGAUGGAGAGCACCUCAAACUCAUGGGACAGAUGUUCGACUACCUGCGGGCGAUUGAGUGCUGGGAGGACCUGGAUGGAGGCCAUUGGGAGGAGCACUCUGCGGUGCAUGCAUCCUCGGUUGGGCCUCCGCUGGCAGCUGUGAAACUUUUCAAGAAGGUAGCUGCCAGGGAUGGUUUCUUGCCACCAUGCAAGAGCGACACCUUGGAUGUCUUGGAAUCGAACCUCCAGUCCGCGCUGGGAAAGAUUUUGCCGAAUGAGAUCAUUUUCCCCACAGACUUGGCGAGAGACUCCGAUUCCGCGACGGUCUUCCUCGCGUAUCCGUUGGAGGUGGUUGAUGAUGCAUCAGCACUCCAAAUCAUGGAUCGAUUGAAGAAGGUCAUGGGCCACAUCGGUAUGUGUCGCUACCGGAAGGAUAGCUACUGGUGCAAGGACUACAAGGAGAAGGUUGGUGAUGAUCCGACGAAGCAUUUCACAGACGAGGAGUUGAAAGAGAGAGACAGGCUGCUGAAGGAAGGCGAGGAAGCUCAGUGGUGCUUAUUCGACCCGAUGGUCAGCGCCUUUUACGGCCGCAUGUACCAGAAGACGAAGGAUGCCAAAUACUUGACUCUGCAGCAGCUUUUCCUUGCAAGGUCGCUCGCGGCGAUAACUGGAGAUUCCUGCCCGUACGGCCCAUGGCAUUGUGCAGAGGCGUAUUAUCUGGAGAAGGACACGUGGGUCCCGAAUGAUGACACGCCAUUGGUUUGGACACAGGUCGAUCUGAAGAUGGCCUUAUUCGAGAUGGAGCGGAGUCUGGCGCUUGUGGUGUAG